AAAUUCUGGGAUUUAAAAUUUUUAUUUCCGCAGCAAUAGAUUUUUGAAGCAGCCGAAUUUAUAUGUUGGAUACUUGCUAUAGUGGAUAAGUGCUAGGUUUACUUGUAUAUGAUAUACCUUAUUCGCUAUCUUCCAUGAUUCGUAUUAUCUCUAACCUAUUACGGUCACACUAGUACUCCAAACAGAACUGAUAGGACAGAAGGAUAGGAUAUCUGUUUGCCUGCUGUCAAACUCGUGAACCUUUCAUUAGUUACGGUUACGUUACAUUGUUAAAAAGAUUUAUUUUCAGACAAGCAGAAAAUGAUGUCGGAAAGAGAUUAUGCACCGUUGAGUCCAGCUUGUGUUCGUUCAUUGAAUGAUAAAUUAUAUGACAAGCGCAAAGCUGCAGCAUUGGAGAUAGAAAAGAUGGUUAAAGAGUUUGCAUCACACAAUAAUACUGUGCAAAUAAAAAGAUUAUUAAAAGUUCUCGGACAGGACUUUGCUACAUCACAGAACCCUCACACUCGAAAAGGUGGCCUCAUAGGAUUAUCAGCUAUAGCUAUAGGACUUGGUAAAGAUACUGGUCAGUACACUGAGGAUCUUAUUCACCCUAUAUUAGCAUGCUUUUGUGAUGCUGAUCUUAGAGUGAGAUAUUCUGCUUGCGAAAGUCUAUACAAUAUUGUUAAAGUGGCUCGAGGUUCAGUAUUGCCACAAUUCACUGACAUAUUCAGUGCGCUAAGUAAAUUAGCCUGUGAUUCUGAUCAAAGCGUCAAAAAUGCUACUGAAUUACUGGAUAGGCUUAUGAAGGAUAUUGUCACAGAAAGUGGAAUCUUUGAUCUGGUGGGAUUCAUGCCCUUAUUACGGGAACGAAUCUACACAAAAAAUCCAUUUGGUAGACAAUUUGUUAUCGCUUGGGUAUCAGUGUUGGACGCUGUCCCGGAUAUAGACUUUAUUAUAUUUUUACCGGAAAUACUGGAUGGGUUGUUCAGAAUUCUCGAAGAUCCCACUCCGGAAAUAAAAAAAAUUACAGAUACCGUAUUAGGUGAAUUCUUACGCAGUAUCAAAUCCAACCCAGCAAGAGUUGACUUUCCUGGAAUGAUAAACAUUCUGAUAACGCAUGCACAGAGUACUGACGAAUUGCUUCAACUAACUGCGAUAUCAUGGAUCAAGGAAUUUGUGCAGUUAUCAGGUCCUCUUAUGCUUCCAUACAUGUCUGGUAUAUUUACUGCUGUCCUACCCUGUUUAGCUUACGACGGGGAUACUCGAAAAAAUAUUAAAGAGACCGCCACGCAAGUUAAUAUUAAUUUGAUGAAACUGAUUACUAUGGAAAGCACCGAUAUAAUAAACAAUACUUCCCAUUCUGAAAGCUUAAUAAAUUCGACGCCUUCUACCAGGGAACAAGGAGAUUCCACAAACUGUAGUAGACCUUUGGCUGAAAGCUUAGAUCUAGGAAGUGUUGUACAAGUUUUGACAAAACAUCUUAUGCAUACAUCGGUUCAAACCAAAGUAGCAGUUUUAAAAUGGAUUCACCAUUUGUUUACGAACAUUCCAAACAAAAUGUUUCAUCAUAUAGAAGAUUUAUUUCCUGUUUUAAUGCGCACUCUCAGUGAUAAUUCCGAUGACGUGGUGCAGCAGAAUCUUGUUGUAAUAGCAGAGAUUAUAAGUUCUAAAUCGAAUGAAACUACAGUGCACGAUACAGGCACAGUGGCACAGAAUAAAUAUUACACUAAAUUUAUAGUGAACCUGUUGAGAUUAUUCUCAACGGACAGACAUCUACUAGAGGAGCGAGGAACUUUUAUCAUUAGAGAAUUAUGUGUGCUUCUAAGUGCUGAAGAUAUUUAUAAGAAAUUAUCUCAGAUUCUAUUGGAAGAGCAGAAUUUCAGAUUUGCCUGUAUUAUGGUGCAAACACUGAACGUCAUUUUAUUGACAAGCUCAGAGCUAUUUGAUCUUCGCAACAAACUCAAAGAUUUGGAUUCUGAAGAAAGCUGUGAAUUAUUCGUUUGUCUUUAUGAAUCUUGGAGUCACAAUCCUGUUGCAACAGUAGCUCUGUGUUUCUUGACACAAAACUACAGUCAUGCUUGUGAUCUUGUAAGAUCAUUUGGAAAUAUUGAGGUAACUGUAGAGUUUCUCACAGAGAUCGACAAACUGGUUCAGCUGAUUGAAUCACCAAUAUUUACUUAUUUGAGGUUGGAGCUUCUCGAAAGGGAAAGGAAUGAAGCUCUUGUUCGUGCUCUUUACGGUCUACUUAUGAUUCUUCCUCAAAGUGAGGCUUUUUCUACGUUACACCGUCGUCUGGCCGCUAUUCCUCCAAGUACAUCACCACAUAUAAAAUCCUCUGAACUGAAAACUUCUAAGUCUCUGAAACACAAAAUAGACUUUAAAAAAUUACUUCAACAUUUCAAUACCGUUCAAGAGAAACAUAAAGAACAGAAACAUAAACACAGAAUAAAUUCAUUAAUCGAACGAGAGGCGAGUCACUUAGAAAUCUGACUGAAUUACGAUAAAAUGAAUUGUCUCAAAGAACCUAAUAAAGACGGACCGCUUCUCUUUAUUGAAAAAUAACGUCGAGCAAAGUGCAAUGUAUGCCAUGUGUUUUACUUAAAUACUAUAUACAAUAUACGUUUUAUUUAUUACGAAUUAAAAUCAUGGCAAAAUAA